AAACACCAAAAUUUACCUCUUGUGGGACUAAUAAAGGAUAAUCUUUUCUUCUCAUCUUACUUGUGAAAAAAAAUAAAAACACCCAUUAUCAUGGGAUAUUAUUUCCUUAUUUCCUAAGAUAUAAAAACCUAACAGUCAUUACAGUAUUUAUUGAAAAUUAUGAAGGUUGAUUUACAUUCAUGACCAUCAAACACUGACUAUAAUUGUUGUUUUAAGCCUCCUAUGACAAAAUUUAACUGUGUCAUCGCAUCCAUUUUGGUUAUUUCAUGAAAAAUCAUAUUUUGGGUUAAAAAAAUGUAUAUUUAGUGUAUUUUUAUGUGUAACAACAGGCAAAAUUUGACCUUAACAGGAUGUAACAGUUAAAGAAUAUGACAUUGGUUUAUAGAAGGCCUAUAUGCUUUAUCGCCCUACCGUUUACAACAAAGUGACAGGCAACUUUCUUUCUGUUAAGUCAAUAAACGUGGCACCUGACUGGCUGAGUUAAGUUUAGCACAGAGAACAUGAGGUGCAAGAAAACAAGAGGACAUGCUGUGCCACUGAGCUUCUAAACCCAUUAAGUGGAUACAGUUUGGUUGGAUUUAAAGCACAUUUCAGUGCAAACAGAUGUGUCUAAAGACUGCUGGACCUGCCUGUUAACCUGGAAUAUAAUUUUACGCAUUGGCUGAAGGAUGUAGAGGUUUUAUUUAUGAAAGAGGAGCUGUGUGAGUUGGACAUGGGCUGCCAGAUUAAGAAGAAAUCCAGGAUUACCACCGCUGCCAUUGCUGCACAAGCUCAGGAGCCUUCACGGAAGUGUGUUUACGGUGAGUGUCUGUGGGUAAAUGACAGGAGGCGUGGUGCGCGUCUUAUCGCAACCGUGGACUGUAUGAGCUCAACAUGGCACCCAAAGACCCUCUCCUCGGCACCCUCAAAGUGUGCGUCCUGAACCUGCAGUCAGAUGGACAGACGAUCACGAACACGAACCCACACCUCGCCUCCUGCUGUGAGCUCCUGGAACUGGUCCUCAGGAAGGGGCUCCAACAGCCAGUUCUCAGUCUGGUCCAACGAGACUACUGGCAGUGUUUUGAGCAGCUUCCCCUUCAGGAUGCAUGUGGGAGGCUGUCGGCUGUGUCUUUGGCCGUGGAACAGACCAAAGUUUGCAGGAAGCUGCUCUCGGCUCAGGGCAGAGGUCGCUACCUGCUGAGGUUGGCGCUCAGUCGCAAGACCCUGCCUCAGUUCAUCACACACCUGCUGCACACACCUCGAGUCCUGGAGUGGUACAGUCCAGCUGUUUCCAUUCUCAGGAAUGAGGAAUUUGUUGAGCCGUUCAUGUCUCUGCUGCUGGUCCUUUCUCACAUGGAGUUUAACCUGGACAUGGAGAAUUGCAGCUUUCUGGACGAGAGCUGGCUCCUGCCGGUGUCUGACAUAUAUGAGGUAGUUCCCUGUCGAGAAGUGGGGAUGGUGUUGAGGUAUCUCCAUGGACGUGUCUUUGUCCUCGAACUGACAUCUGGUGGUCAAGCUCAGGUCGACAAAUUCAUCUGUCCUGGUGAUAUUAUUGAUGAGAUCAACGGAACGUCACUGAGGAACUCAAAGAACGGACAGGCAGGUGUGGUACUAUCUCGGCUGAAGGGAUGCCCUCUGUCUAUUCGUGUUCUCCGAUGGCGAUCCUCAGAUGGAACAGUAUAUCGACCCCUUAUCAAACUCCUGCGGGCUCUGAGGACCGAGAACCCGACGCUGCAGCUCGGCCCCGCCUCCAACCAGCAGUCGACGGCCAAGGACCAGAGACCCUCACCAUCACAGUGCCUCAAAGAGGGAAGGAUUGUACACAUUGUGCAGUACUUGGGGAAAACAAACAUUGGAAUGUUUGGAGGCAAGGAGGUGUUACAGCAUGCGAUUCCACAGGUUUUGCAUAAAAACCUGCCCAGCAAGGAAGUCCUUUUAGACAUGAAGGAAACACAUUUGACAUGUACUGACAGAAACAGUAAAUUGGAGCUGUUUGAGCAUCACUAUCCGGAGAUUUCCUGUGUAGGGAGGUACAGCCAACCAGACUACACUAUAUUUGCCUUCUGUGUUGCAGACUCCCCAGAAACCCCUCAGUCAUCAGGUUUCUGCUGCGUGGUGCUCAGAGCCAGCACCAUGAAAGAAUGUGAAGAAAUCGUCUGUCGAAUCGCUACUGGUUUCAAGCAUACGGAGUGGUUUGUAUGAGAAACCACAACAUUGUUGACCAUUUUAUGUGUUGUAAAUAAAUGAUAACGUGUAAAAUCUGCAGUGUGUCUGGAGUUUUACAGCUAAAAAGAGUCAAUGACCACACAGGACUUUCUACUCAUAAAGACCUUUAAUAGAAAGACAUGUGACAACAUUUUCAUAAAUAGUAUUAAAUGUAGCUGCCAAGAUUUUUAUGUUGGAAAACAUGUAAAAAGCAGUCCAGAAAAAUACAGAGGGGUCUGUCAUGCUCUUUGUCACUGAAUGUAGAGUACCGCUGUAUCAGGCAAUACCCUGACACCGCAAUGAGACCUGCUGAGCAAAACAUGCUGGCAUUUUGUGUAAAUGGUAUGACUGAACAAACCAUGGACCCCAUGGAAGAUGUAUGAAUAAUGCAUUCUCACUUCAAAGACAGCUAU